AUGGAUAAUUAAUGCAAUUAUGAGAGUAUUCAAGAAUCAAUUGACAAAUGCUUAUAUGUAUAAAGAAAUUGCACAAAUUAAUAAAAAAUAGCUUUUACUUAAGUUUUCUAUUGUUAACUAAAUGAAAAUUACACCUUAGUAUUAUUGUUAAUUGUAAUGAUUAAAUAAGAUUAUAUAGCCAUUCUUUUUCUUUAUGAUGUUUAAUUUAUUAUCAAAAACAGCAGAGAAUUAUUUAUCUCCUGCAGUUACACAUAUAGCAAAGUAUUUUAAAUUAUCUUAAACACUUUCAGGGUAUAUAUAUAUAUAUAAAUUUAUUAAAUUAGAAUUACUCUAAUAGCUUUAGCUAAUGGUGCUCCAGAUGUAAUUACUGCAAUAAUAGCAACAGGAGAAGAUGAUCAAGGUGUUUUAAUUGCUGUAGGUAGUAUUUUUGGUAGUGGAUUAUUUAUGACUACUUUUGUUUUAGGAUCUGUUUUAUAUUAUUCUAAUCAUAUUUUAGUUAAUAAAGUAUCUUUAACUAGAGAUUUGGUUUUUAAUAUCCUAGGCAUUGGAUCUAUUAUUACAUUUGGAUAUAUUGGUUAUAUUUCAAUACAAUUUUCAAUUUUAUUUGUUUCCUUAUAUUUAGUUUACAUCUUCAUUGUUAUGUUAAAUGAAAAAUCAGAAAUCAAACAUUGUUAAGAGAAUAUGUAAUUAUUAAAAAAAUAAGGAAAUUAAGAAGAAUAAUAAGCAUUACUCUCAGAAGAUGAGUUUUAAUAAUAAUAAUAAACUUCAUAAUAAUAAAAUGAUGAUCAUAAACCUUUUAAGUAUUUUGGAAAUGAAUAAUAAUCAUUAGAAUUUGAAGAAUAAUAAAUUAAUUUAUAUUUAACUGAAAGUUGUGAUAAUGAAGAUGAUGAUUUAAUUGAAAUCAUUCCAUUUUAAAAAUAAACAAUUAUUCAAAAAUUGUAGACAUUUUAAACUCUAAUUUUUGAUUUAAUUAGCAAAUAUACAGAAGGAAAGAAAUAACAAAAUAAAAUUAAAACAUCAAUUUAAUUAUUAUUUACUCCUUUAUUAUUAUUAGUUGUUUUAGAUAUUUAUGAUUAUUUAAUAUUUAAUUAUCCACUUUGGUUAUAUGUUGAAUGUUUUACAAUAAUAAUAGUGUUAUAUCAUAAUUAUUAUGAAAUACCUUUAAUUGUAUAAAAUACUAAUAUAAUUAGUUUUUAAUAAUCUGGAGUGCUAUUUGUUCAAUAGUUUGGUGUAAAUUAAUAGUAGAAAUUCUUGUUGAUUUCAUUGUGGUAAUCACUUAAUCUUGAUCUAGGUUUAUAGUUAAUCUAAAUAUUGACUGGAAUUAGUCCUUCAUAUUUAGGCAUGACUUUUUUAGCUUUUGGAAAUUCAGCUUGUGAUUUCUUAGUUAAUACUCAAUUAGCUAAAAUGGGACUUGGAAUUAUGGCCAUUACAGGUUGUUUUGCUGGAGCAUUUUUUAAUUUGAAUGUAGGAUUUGGAAUAGCCUUAUUAAAAUAAACUUGGAAUGGUUCUAAUAUUUAAUUUUAAUUAUUCCUUAAUAAUUAUAAUACCAAUUUACAUUUGCUAAGUCCAGAAACUACAUUAAUUAUUUAAUUGCUUUUAUUUUUUUCACUUCUUAAUAUGACAUCAACUUUGCUUUUAUCAUUAAUCUUAAAGUAAAUCAUAUUUAUUUACUAUCUAUAGGUUUUAACUUAAAAAAUAAUUGUCUUAUUAUUAUUUCAUCUAUUAUUUUAUCGUUUUAAUCACUCUAACAAUGAUAACAUUUUUUGUUAAUUGA